AUGCCGACCGAACAAGCUCCCCCGAUCAUUGACAUAUCAUCUUUUUACAGCAAAGAUCAGGCCGCAAGACAAGAUCUUCUCGAACAGGUUCGAUCUGCUUGCAAAACCUUUGGAUUCUUCCAGAUUAUCAACCAUGGUGUUCCGGAGUUUUUACAGGAGGAUAUUUUGAAGCAGUCUGAAGACUUCUUCAAACUCCCCUUAGACAUCAAGGAGAAGUAUAAUAAGGAAAUUGGCGGCUUCAACCGUGGCUAUGAACGAUUACGGGCUCAGAAUUUCGAGAAAAAGACCGAGGGUGACUUGAAAGAGGGUUACUAUUUUGGCACGAACCUAUCUCUCGACCACCCUUACGUCGUUGGACGUAAAAUCAAUAUGGGACCUAACAAAUAUCCCGACGAGGUGUCAAACCCAGAAUCAUUCAAGAUGACCGCCGAAAGCUAUUUCGCAAUCAUGGAGAAGCUGGCACACGAUAUUUUGAAGAUUCUGGCUGCUACACUAAACUUGGAUGAGGAUUUUUUCCAAGGCCGACUGAUGCAUCUGCCGAUGAGAGAGGCAAGAAUUGGGGCUCACACCGACUUUGGUGGCAUCACCAUUCUUUUGCAAGACAUGAUCGGUGGCCUCCAAGUCUGGAACAAAGAAAGCGCAAUUUGGGUUGACGUUGAGCCUCUUCAAGGUGCCCUGGUCGUUAACCUUGGCAAUAUGAUGAUGCGGUGGACCAACGACCUUUAUAUGUCCAAUUUACACCGCGUGAUCAACAAAACAGGAAAAGAGCGUUAUUCCGUUCCCUUCUUUUUCUCUGGCAACCCAGAGUUUGUUGUGAAAUGCCUGCCGAGUUGCGAGGAAGCCAGUGGCGGUGCAAAGUACCCACCUGUUUCGGUCGAGGAGUGGAUUACAGGACGAUACGCGGACACAUAUGGUGCAAAUAACACAAAGGCAAUGACAGACUUGUCGGCAGACGCGGAGAGGGCCUAUGCAUAG